AUGCGCCCUCCCCUGCCCACGCGAGAGACUGCUCCCAGCUCCCGCGUGCAGCUAGCUCCCGCCCUCCGGCCUCCUUCCCCCACCCGGGCCCCAGGCUGGAGGGCGGGGGAGGAAGGGCGGGUAAAGGGCGCGCGCGGGCACGGAAGCGGGCACGCGCUUCAGUCUCCUCCUCCCGCUUUCCCCCGGCCGGUUCCCCCCGCCUCCGCAACCCGGCGGGGACCCGGACGCAGCGCAGCCGCCGCCAGCCCGGGAGCGCAGCGGCCGGACCGCCCCCGGGGACUAGAUCUGGAUUCCCGCUGCUACCCCCCUCCCGACCUCCCAACGCGGUCCCCGCCUGUCCGGGCAGGCGAGCAGUCGGAGAAGCGGCCUAGCUUGUCCCCCGCCCCCGAACCACCCGGGGCCGGAGACGCCGCCACCGCCCAGCCACCCCAACACGCACGGAAGAAACCCGGCGCAGAGGCGCGACCGCGGCGGGAACGGCCGCCUCCUCCCCGAGCCUGCGGCCCAGCCCUGCCGGCGCCCCCGCCCCGGCCUCCGGGGAGCCGAGCCAAGCAGAGGGCGGGAGGACGGCGGCCGCGAGGCGGGGGCGCUUCGCUCACCGGCCCCGCCGCCCCCUCCGGCGGCCGGCGAGAACUGCGCCUGUCGGCCGGAGAAACGCGGGCUCCUCCACCCGGGGCCUCACUUGGGCCUCGCUUCCUGCCCUUCCCACCCCCGGCUUUCGGCGCCCUUCCCCGUUCCCUGAUCAGCUCGUCUACAGUUCUCCCGGUAUCGCCACCCGGCGUCUACCGCAGCCGCGGCUCGCUCCCUAGCCCCGGCCCCAGCGCACGUCCUCCGUCGCCUCGGUUACCCGGCGCAGCGCGGCCUCUGAGCUCCCCGCUCCGGCGGCUCCCUUCUCGGCUCUGA